UGGAGCCCAGAGGGCUCCGCUGGCAAUAAAAGCAGGUGCCUUGAGGGCCAGGCUUGGGGUGGCACGGACCCAGAGGCGGGAGUCCCUCUGAAGCGCAGGUGCGUGCACAGUCUUGGUUCACAGACGCGGAGGAUACGACCUGCCUGGUGACCCUAGGACUUUGCUCUGCUCCUCGGCAGGAAUCUGCCUGGAACUCGUGUCUCUGGAGAACCCAUCCAUCAUGAGACGCCCGGCUGUCCUCCUCGCCAUGGCUCUGGCCGCCCUCCUGGCUCCAGCAGUGGCGGCGCCCGUCCGCCAGCUGAGCUCCCGGAACAAGCUGCUCCUGGUGUCCUUCGAUGGUUUCCGCUGGAACUACGACCAGGACGUGGACACCCCCAACCUGGAUGCCAUGGCGCUCGAAGGGGUGAAGGCUCGCUACAUGACCCCGGCCUUCAUCACCUUGACCAGCCCCUGCCACUUCACCCUGGUCACUGGCAAGUACGUCGAGAACCACGGGGUGGUGCACAACAUGUUCUACAACACGAGCAGCAAGCUGAAGCUGCCCUACCACACCACGCUGGGCGUCCAGGGGUGGUGGGACAAUGGCAGUGUACCCAUCUGGGUCACGGCCCAGAGGCAGGGCCUAAAGACCGGCUCAUUCUUCUACCCCGGCGGGAAUGUCACCUACCAAGGCGAGGCCGUGACGCUGAGCCGGAAGGAAGGCUUCCUGCACAACUACAAGGAUGAGGCGGAGUGGAGGGCCAACAUUGACACGGUGAUGGAGUGGUUCACGCAGGAGGGCCUGGACCUCGUCACGCUCUACUUUGGGGAGCCAGACUCCACGGGCCACAGGUACGGCCCGGAGUCCCAGGAGAGGAAGGAGAUGGUGAUGCAGGUGGACAGGACGGUGGGCUACCUCCGGGACCGCAUCAGGCUCAGUGGCCUGGAGAGCAGCCUCAACCUGAUCAUCACGUCCGACCACGGCAUGAGCACGGUCAACAAGAACGCCAGCGACCUCGUGGAGCUCCACAAGGUCUCCAACUUCUCCUUCAAGGACAUCGAGUUCGAGCUCCUAGACUACGGACCCAACGGCAUGCUGCUCCCCAAGGAAGGGAUGCUGGAGAAGGUGUACGAGGUCCUCAAGGAUGCCCACCCCCGGCUCCACGUCUACAAGAAGGAGAACUUCCCCAAGUCCUUCCACUAUGCCAAUCACCCCAGGGUCACCCCCCUGCUCAUGUACAGCGACCUUGGCUACGUCAUCCACGGGAGAGUGAACGUGCAGUUCAACAAUGGGGAGCAUGGCUUCGACAACAAGCUCAUGGACAUGAAGACCAUCUUCCGGGCCACGGGCCCCAGCUUCAAGAGGGGCCUGGAGGUGGAGCUUGACAGCGUCCACGUGUACGAGCUCAUGUGCCGGCGACGCGGCCCCAGCACCUCCGUGGACCACGCCCCCCCUCCACGGUGCACCCCCUGCCCUCCCCCCUGCACCCACGCGCCCCAGGCGGCUGCAGGCGGUGUGUGUCUGCACAGCCGCGACCAGGGUGCCCCGCCAGCUGCUUGA